AUGGGCGAUGAAGCUGCUGCUGCUGCUGAUGGUGUUUUAUCGGAAUGGCCGGAGAUCAGACGAGCUAUUGCCGGGAAGCGAUGUGAAAUCAGUCUGAAUUCGAUCCCUCCCGGCAGGCAUCCGGACAUUAACGACGAACAGUUACAGAAUGCAUUGUUUUCUCCGGAAACUCCGCUAAAUUAUGCUGAGCUUACACGACUUGGCCUUACAGUAUUGCAUCGAUCUGUGGGCAGAGCACUAAGGCUUACGAAGCUCAUCUUGCACAGCAAUGCAUUAGUGGAUAUCCCGGAAGAUAUUGGUCAUUUAAAGGAGCUGCAGUUUCUGGAUUUGUCAACAAAUGCACUCAGAAGCCUCCCAUCUGCGGUUGGCUCACUGCCACAUCUCUCCACGCUUCUGCUUUCGCAUAAUAAAGUAUGAUA